ACAAUUCCCAGAGGGCUGUGCGGUGGAGAGAUUCGGGCGGCCUUUUGAGGGGCUCUGCUAGUUUCAGCGUGUUGGGAUCUGUCCCAGCCGGAUGUAGUGUCCUGGCCUGGCGGGAGGGGCGGCCCAGUGGGGGUCGUGCCUCCUGGAGCCGCCCCGGGACGUGUGUCCUGGAGGAGGCGAGGGCUGCUGCAGUUAAUGAGAAUACUAUGAAUAAGUCAGAGAACUUGUUCGUUACUGGUUCUUCAUUGGCGUCCCAGGUUCAUGCCGCUGCUAUUAAUGGAGAUAAGGGUGUUCUUCACAGGCUCAUCAUAGGAAACUCUGCCCUUAAAGACAAGGAAGAUCAGUUUGGAAGAACCCCACUUAUGUAUUGUGUACUGGCGGACAGACUGGAUUGUGCAGAUACUCUCUUAAAGGCAGGAGCAGAUGUUAAUAAAACUGACCAUAGCCGGAGAACAGCCCUCCAUCUUGCAGCUCAAAAGGGGAAUUAUCGUUUCAUGAAACUCCUACUUACACGUAGAGCAAACUGGAUGCAAAAAGACCUGGAAGAGAUGACUCCUUUGCACUUGACCACCCGGCACAAGACCCCCAAGUGUUUGGCACUUUUGCUGAAGUUCAUGGCACCAGGAGAAGUGGAUACACAGGAUAAAAACAAGCAAACAGCUCUGCAUUGGAGUGCCUACUACAAUAACCCUGAGCAUGUGAAGCUGCUUAUCAAGCAUGAUUCCAACAUCGGGAUUCCUGAUGUCGAAGGCAAGAUCCCACUUCACUGGGCAGCCAACCACAAAGAUCCUAGUGCGGUUCAUACAGUGCGAUGCAUUCUGGAUGCUGCUCCAACAGAGUCUUUACUGAAUUGGCAAGACUAUGAGGGUCGAACCCCUCUUCACUUUGCAGUUGCUGAUGGGAAUGUAACGGUGGUUGAUGUCUUGACCUCCUAUGAAAGCUGCAAUAUAACAUCUUAUGAUAACUUAUUUCGAACCCCACUUCACUGGGCAGCUUUACUAGGCCAUGCGCAGAUUGUCCAUCUCCUUUUAGAAAGGAAUAAGUCUGGAACCAUCCCAUCUGACAGCCAAGGAGCAACACCCUUACACUACGCAGCUCAGAGUAACUUUGCCGAAACAGUUAAAGUGUUUUUAAAGCAUCCUUCAGUAAAAGAUGAUUCAGACCUUGAAGGAAGAACAUCCUUUAUGUGGGCUGCUGGGAAAGGCAGUGAUGAUGUCCUUAAGACUAUGCUGAGUUUGAAAUCUGACAUUGAUAUUAACAUGGCAGACAAAUAUGGAGGUACAGCUUUGCACGCUGCUGCCCUUUCUGGCCAUGUCAGCACCGUGAAGUUAUUACUGGAAAAUAAUGCUCAAGUAGAUGCUACUGAUGUCAUGAAACAUACACCACUUUUUCGAGCUUGUGAGAUGGGACACAAGGAUGUGAUUCAGACACUUAUUAAAGGUGGAGCAAGGGUAGAUCUAGUUGACCAAGAUGGACAUUCUCUUCUACACUGGGCAGCGCUGGGAGGAAAUGCUGAUGUUUGCCAGAUAUUGAUAGAAAAUAAGAUCAAUCCAAAUGUGCAAGAUUAUGCAGGAAGAACCCCUUUGCAGUGUGCUGCCUAUGGGGGUUAUAUCAACUGUAUGGCAGUACUCAUGGAAAAUAACGCAGACCCUAACAUUCAAGACAAAGAGGGAAGAACAGCUUUGCACUGGUCCUGUAACAACGGAUACCUUGAUGCCAUUAAAUUACUUCUAGACUUCGCUGCUUUUCCAAAUCAGAUGGAAAACAAUGAAGAAAGAUACACUCCCCUUGACUAUGCUUUGCUUGGUGAGCGCCAUGAAGUGAUCCAGUUCAUGUUGGAACGUGGAGCCCUGUCCAUCGCAGCUAUACAGGACAUCGCUGCCUUCAAAAUCCAAGCUGUCUACAAAGGGUACAAGGUCAGAAAAGCUUUCCGAGACCGGAAAAAUCUCCUCAUGAAACACGAACAGUUGAGAAAGGAUGCUGCUGCCAAGAAGCGGGAGGAAGAAAACAAGCGAAGGGAAGCAGAACAGCACAAGGGGAGGCUGAGCCCAGAUUCCUGCAGGCCCCAAAUCCCUCCCCGUGUGCCUGGCACCCAGGAUGAGCCCCACAGACAGAGCUGUGCCUCCAGCAACACUGCCCAGGGCUGCGAGAGGAGAGCCUGCAGAGAGUGUCCAAGCAGAGGAUCCCCAAGUAGUGUUCCCCAGAAGGAGCAGCAUCUUUCUCCAGAUGUGCAGGGAACAGACCCCAGAAAGUCCAGUGAAAUGUCCAGAGAACAUUCUAAAGGCCGAUCUUCCUGUGUACACUUUAGCCCCAGUGAAGGCAAAGGUGGAAACAGGCGCUCAGGAGUUUCCUCUAUUGAGAAGUCAAGAGAGCUGCGGCUGCAGAUAAUCCAAAGAGAGAGAAGCAGGAAAGAGCUGUUUCGCAAAAAGAACAAGGCAGCAGCCAUCAUCCAGAGGGCCUGGAGAAGCUUCCAGCUCAGAAAGCAUCUAUCUCACCUUGUGCAGAUGAAGCAACUUGGAGCCAGAGAUGUGGACAGAUGGAACCGAAAAUGCAUGACAUUGCUCCUCCAAGUUUGGAGGAAGGAACUGGAACUAAAACCCCCAAAGACCACUGCGGUUAGCAGGGCCACCAAAGGUUCAUCCAAGAGCAGCUCAGGCACAAAGGCUACCAGGCAUGCAGUGCUUAAGCAGAUCUAUGGUUCUCAAGAAGGAAAAGUACAUCAUUCCACAAGAUCUUCAAAAACCCACUCUGUGCUGCGUCUCAAUUCAGUGAGCAAUUUGCAGUGUAUACACCUCCUUGAGAACAGUGGCAGAUCCAAGAAUUUUUCUUAUAACCUACAAUCAGCUACUCAAUCAAAAAGCAGAGCAAAGCUUCGACUGCCGCUGGAGGAAGACGGUGCACGGGGGAGCUGGAAUAACCAGUGAGGAGUUCUAAUUCUGAUAACCUUUUACAUUUGGGGAAAACUUUAAUAGCCAUGUCUAAAGUCUUAUUAAUCUGAAAAUAUGGUAGCCACUGGAAGGAAAUGUCACACGUUUUCUUUGUGCUCUUAUACAGCACUGUUUUGUAGAUCAUCUUAGCCUGUGCCGAGAGUAGACUAUGCAUGUGAAAAAUGCCUUGCUGUCUGCUUUCACCUCAGUCAGUAGGGCUGGAAAGGAGAAUUUAAAGUCUAAAUAUGUCUACAACGAACACUACAAGCACAAAAGGGUGUGGCUGGAUUAGGAUUUCUGACAGCCAGUUGGUGCACACCUGGUUUUUCGCGCCAGCAAAGAAAACUAAAUGAGAUGGCAGAAUCUAUCUUACAGCAGCCUUCAUUUCACUACUUUUCUGUCCUCUAAAUGCAACAGGCAUCACAAUAACACAUCCUUUUAUUCUAAUAAUAUCAGUUUUAAAUUUUAGACCAGAAUCAUGAUCCAGCAUUUUGUUUUUAAGGCCACAGGUACACUAUGUUGACUUCUCAGUCCCCAUGUUAGUGUCUGAAGGCCACAGGCUGCUGCAAAGACCUCUCUACAAACAACACUGUCUUUGCUGAGCAGCAGCAUUUCAGCAAGACUGUUCCUCACGGUGUACCUGUUAAGGCCUUAACAUUCCACUUGUACUUUUUGUUCAACCAGCAGAGGUGAGCAAACUUGUCAAAAUGCCAUUCCUAUUGCAAGGGAUUACUGCUAACUACAAAUAUUCUAGCUAUCCAAGAAUAUGUGGGAGUUUUCACUUUUAAGGGCAAAACUGUAGAAUAUAGACAGGAGGCAUAAACAAUGACAUAUUAAAUUGACAAAUAUUUUUAGGAUUGUUUCUAUUAAAGAUUACUGCUAUCCAGUCCUGAGACAGUGAGCUAGGUUUCACAGAAAUCACUGUGCAGCUGGUAGUUUAAGAACUGUGAGUCAUUAGUAGAAAAUUAUUUUGAAAGGAUGGUUACCUAGAUCAGACCAAGCAUCAUUUAGGUAUAGGAAAAUCCAAAUCAACUAUAUAACACUAUGUUGAACUCUUGCCUCUACAUAAGGGGCUAGAAAAUCUCUGUAAACAGAACUUCAUAGUGAGAAGCUAAACGUUGAGGUUACAGGCAACCACUCCCAAAGCACACAAAAAAAUUGUUUUCUGCUGCUCUCUGAAUACAAACUGGGACGGAAACAGGUUUGCCUACAUGGGAUCAUAAAAAAUUCAUCUAAAUUCUUGUUAAAAAGAUAUCAUGAUAAAUAGAAGGUAUACAAGAUCACUAUAUUUUGUAAAUACUCUAGCUCCUAUGAAAUGCAAAAUAUACUGCCACCUGUAACCCUGGAUCCCCUGCUAGACCAGGAAGCCAGUCUGCAUAUCAGUGGGAACUCCCAAGGCGUUAUUUUCUUCAGUGCAAAGGAAGGUUGGUAAACAACUUCUUUAAAAGUUCAGCUUUAAUGACAAACAUUUAUUACAUCAGUCUCUUCAAAAUUAGAUGUGAAUAAACAAUUUCAGACAGGAGGUAUCAUGAUGCCUCUUCAAUACACAGUACUCAACGCACUGGGCCCCUGGGGAUGACCAGUGAUAUACACAUUGAAGCAAUAAUGUAAGUCUGUGAGCCACUGUUCCUGAACACUUCCACUCUUCAGUGUCUGCAGAGAAAAACAAUACAUCAAAAUUGCUAUGCCACCUUACAGUAUUUCCCACAACCAAAGGACAUCUCAUAUACAUAGUGACAGUACCCCCAUGAAUAAAUCAUCACAGGAAUAAUCUUGGAAAAGGUGACCUAUUAAGUGGGCUUACUCAUUUAUACACAAGCAGUGAAAAUCCAUAGUUACACGUGCCCCUGGUUUCUUGUCUGGUUAUUCUCUUCCCCCUAUGCUAAGAACUGAAGACAUUUUUAUCAGCACACACCCCACUCCCCAGGCACGCUUAGCAUUAUUUUAAAGUUUCAUGAUAUUUGCACUAACAUCAAGAGAAUAUAAUCCUACAGUGCCAACUGUGACAAUUUCUACCCAUCUCUUCCUUAUGGAGGUGAGCUGAUUAUUCAAGUUCUGAAUAAUCUAAAUUCUUAACAUUUCUUCCUUGUUAUUUCUGAAUAUUCUGCCAUCAUUCAUUAUUUCUAUGAGGUUACUAGAAACAUUCACAACGAGCAUCAGUGUUACAAGCAGCUGAAAAGUCUGUAUUACACUUAUUAAUAAACUCCCCAAAUACCUACAUAAAAAUGCCUCUACUCUCCCAAACCUAAACACUACAGGACUCCUAGACUAUGGAGCUGCUGCCCCCAAACCAGAGCUGAACACAGUGACCCAACUCUUAGACAAGUCUGAAAUUUACAAACUUCCGUCUUCCAACUAUUCCAGUGAAUCACUCCAACUUCUAAAUGACUAGAAAUUGACCUGAAGUUUAAUGCUGCUAGAUAAUUUCCUUUGUGAUAGUGACGAUUUGCUGAACACUUAAUGUCAGCUACACUGAAAACCUGACUUGCAUGUUCUUAUAAUGGUCACCUAGAGUUUGCCAUCCCUACUUCUACAACUAAGAAAACAGGUUCUCAGAGGUUAAAAAAACUCAUUAAACUAUCCAAGUCUAUCAACAGAAGAUGUUUCAGAAUCCAGGCAGGAUUGACUCUGAUGCCUAUAUUCCUUCCAACUAAGCUGUCUGCCAACUUAAGUUUGAAUAUUUUAUGGCUUUUAUUACUGAUUCUGGGAGCAAAGACAUCCCUAUGGGUAGGACAAUCAGGUACUAAGUAGCAAAGGAAAACCCCGAGAACCAUGACAUUAGGCUCAAUUCCAGGAGUCAGUCAAGCACAAGAACUGGUCUCCCAAGAGCAGUCUCCAGGCCUCACCAUAAAUCCCUCCCAGUACUAACAGUACAAAGUCUUUGCUCCGCACUUCUUACCGUGAUAUUCUUGAUGAUCUGCUGCACCAAGAUGGCAUUGGUCAACAUAUGCGUCCUGAGGGGUGCGUGCUGAAGCAGCAAGCGAAGCAACUGGCCCACAACAAGCAGCUCCUCAGGUCCUGCUCUGUUCACCCGCAGGCUCUGCAACAUCAACCUGAGGACUCGAGGCAGGAGAGCCAGGAUGGAGAUACAGACCCCCCAUAGUUUGUCCCUAAAAUAAUAAAGACAAAAACAAGUCAGUGAACUGACAUAUUAAGGAAAAUGUCCUUUUCAGAAACAUGUUUUUUAUUUAAACCCCACAAACUCAGAACUGGGUUUGAUCAAAACUAAGAAAAUUCAAUGAAGACUCGGUGGCUCUCCCCUACCUUAUGGGUUCCAGAAUGCCUAGCAACCAUCACUUCCCCAGGCUUAAGACAGCCUUGAGGCCUAGUGAUCAUACAACAGAUUUAGCCAGUGGGUUGAAUGAUGUGCAUAUGUGUACUACCUCUGUUCUCUACCACAGAACACUAUUCAUCAGUAUCAAGAAUAAGUAUAUCCCACUGAUUUAAAAAAAAAAGGAAAACUUCAUGAAACUCAAGGAUAAGACCUGGAUUCUAAGCCUCUUCAAUGUUUUAGAAGAGAGCAGAUGUGCUCAUGGAAACAAAAUGGGUUCAGAAAGUCACCCGUAGGGGACUAUUACUGCAUGACUGGAUCACAAAAGGCCAGAGAUGUUAAAUCUAAAUUUCAGUAAGCCUCAUCCUCUUGAUAUAUUUAUAGAUAAGGAACAAAAAUGUUUUGUGAUAGAGGUAAGUUUACUUAGGCAAACAUUUCAAGAGUGUCAAAUGAAGCAAUAUCCUUUUGUAGGAAGAGUCCACUAGCUACUAAAGGCUUUGACCUUAGUCUGUUACUUUUUGAACCAGGAGUGCAUAAUUCUCUCAAUCCCAACACUUUUGAAGAGAACCUGAAUACCUAUAAAUCUACAAGGAACAGCCCUUUCAUCAUAUGAACAAGCUCCCCCAUUCCAGACUGCCAACUGCACCAAAGAUAGAUAAUGAAUCCAUUCUAAGCCAAUGGAUACUCUUUGAAGAGAGUUUAUUCAGCCUGCAGACUGAUGUAGAGUCAGGCUAGAAUAUAGCCAUGUUCAGAAAAAAGAAAGCCAAACUAAAAGCUAAUAAUGAGACAGGUACAAAGACAAUCUAGAAGCAUAGAGAAAGCUACUUUCGUUCCCACUAGAUUACAAAUUACUGAUCCCACAAUUCUGAGCCUUUGGGUUUUACAAGUUACUCCUAUGAUGGUGUAAUAUAUUCAUUUUCUACUUUGAGUAGAUUUCAAAUAAAUACUGACCAAAACUGUGCUAAAGGACUUAUGGAUUCUACAUCAAACCAAGUAUAAGUAUAGUAAGUAAAGGGGAAGAAAGAGCUUAGAAUUCUACACAUCACAAUUAAAGGAAAUGUUCAAGCAAUGAACAAUGGGGCAGAUAACAGAAAUAACACAGUACAUCCCAGACUUAAAAAAAAAAUAGAUUAUAAACCAAGAAGGCUCAGAUGAAUAGAUUUAUUUUUUACUAACAAUGGUCUAGCAGGCAACAGAGUAGUUUCUUCCAAUGUAUAGUGGCCACCGACCUGAAUAACUCAAAUUGAUCAAGCCUGAUUUUUCAGCCAGCACUUGUGAAAUCAAAGGCUCUCAGAAUCGGACUGGCACUCUCAUUAUCUGUAAUGUCAAGCACCUCUUCUAGUGAGGGAGGAAUAGCCCAAAAGGGAAUUAUAAGUACCUAAUAUUCUGGCUGUCAACACCACCUUAUGCCUAACAUCAUCCCAAGACAUGUGCAGGGUCCCUGUAAUACCAACCUCUCCAAUGCACAGAAUAAAACACUUUUAAUAAAACACUAUUUUAUACAGGCAAACAAAUAAAACAUACACUGAAUUUUGCUCACUAUGCUACAUAAAGUUAGGCUGUUUUUGUGUAAGAAACUAAAGGAUCUUUGAAACUUCCAAUAAAUGCAUUUAAAUAAAGGGGCUAUAUUUCAAGUGACAGGAAAUGACAAGUAAUAAUAUAUACAUUUCACAGCUAGAGAUACUAUCAAAUUUUUAGAACUGACAGGUUUUUUGCUAUUUAAAAAAGCAUUUUUUUGACCUACUGAUCAGACCUAAAAUGUUCACAAUGAAAUGCCGAAGUUAUAGUACAUUCAUAUAACAGGAUACAUGCAGCAGGAGAGGUACUAGACCACGGCCAAUCCAGUCACACGGUGGCAGCAAUCUUAGGACCUAGAAAGCUAAAAUAUAGCUCAAGACCUACAAAAGGCUGGCACAUCAGGAAAAGACUAAACAUUAGAUUGUAUGAGAAGAAAAUCAUCAGUUUGUCAGACAUGAGUCUGAAACAGCUAGCAGUUUGAGCCUUAAAAGAUCUCAGAAUUGUGUGCAGUUACCUGGGCAAAUGGGUCAGAACCCAGUGAUGAGAUAGGUAGUAGGAAAGAACCCACCAGUCACAAUAUUUUCUCUGAUGUGGCAGUCAGAGGAAAGAGAAACAUGUCCAGUGGGUGAUGUCAGUCAAAAGGCAACAUGACACAGAAUAUCAGUAUUCCGGCCAGGCCUCAGAGUGAUAGCAUACCAGUAUGUAUAAAGGGGGUCUUGAAUUUUUGUGGAAGGGUAAGUAGACUAUGGGGAAUACACUGAUAAAAAUGACGUGAGGCAACAAGCAACAACAAGCAUAGCUGAUAACAUCACAUUUCUGAGUGACCAAGCAAAAGAGAAGGAAUAGAACGGAUGAUUCUUCUUUGGCUGUUGUUUAUG